AAUAGAAAUAGCGGUCACGCUGGUGGGCUGGAUUGCUGGCUGGCGCUAGGCUUAUUGUUGUUGCUGCUUUAAGGAUCUGUAUCUACAACAAGGUUGGCCCACACAUUAUAUGCUAAAUAUGCUGUGUUGUGGUGCAACAGUUCAAAGUAUUAAAUCAGCGCGCGGCGUGAACGAGUUAAAUGCAAUUAUCAUCAACAACUGCUGGCUGUGAACGGAGCAGCGAACUUCCUUCCACCAAUCAUUCAUCAACAUCAUCAUUAUCAUCAUCAACAGCAGCAGCAGCUUCUCUCCCCACUCUACACUCUCCACUCACACAUAUUACAAUCGCACACUCCAAACACACGCACACUCACACACACAUUCAUAUACAGAACAGCAUCGUGAAUUGUGUGCGAAUUGGAUGUGAAUUUGAAUUUCGAUAGAAGAGCAGCAGCAGCAGCAAUAUGGGCACAAUAUCUUCGGUUCUACAAUGGUCGUGCAGCAAAUGCAAUACAAUUAAUCCAACGGAAUCGCUAAAAUGUUUCAAUUGCGGCACCGUUCGAAAGGUAUUUCCCAGUCCUACCGCAACAUUGUAUCAUCAUCAUCACCAGCAGCAGCAGCAGUCACAAUCACAGCAAAUGCAGCCGCCGCGACAGCAACAACAACAACAGCAUCAUCGACAACGACAAAACGCUGGAGGAGGUGGAGGAGGCGGGGGCACAGCCACUGUCGCGGGGGUGGUGACGGCUGCAGCGGAGUUGGCCACUGAGUGUGAUGAGGAGGUCGCGACAAUUGUUGAUAAGCACAAAGCUGUGACCAGCAGACAGGUGGCGCCAGGCAGUGGCAUUAUUAUCGAUAACAAGCACGGACAUGUGUACAAAUCGCUGCUGCGCGGCUGCUUGAAGCGACCGCAACGGAAUAGCCAAAAUUUGCCUGCAAAUUGCGGAAAUUGCGAGGAGACGCGCAAAUAUAUCAAGAACUCCAUUGAGCUGUAUCGUCACUUUUCGAAUCCGGCACUCAAUCGUCGCUGGAGCUGUCGCGCCUGUGAGGCCGAUAACAAUUCGGUCACCUGGCAUUGUGUGAUCUGUGACACGGUCAGCUACUUGGCGCCCAUUUACAAGGAGACGCUGCAUACACAUCGCCAUGAGGCAGCAACAGCGACAACAACGACAGCUGAGGCAACCACAACGACAACAACAACAAUAACUGGAGGAGGAGCAGCAGUGCAAUUGGAGUUAAGCAGUCAAGUGGAGCAGGAGCAAAGACAGAAGCAACAGGAGCAGGAGCAACUGGAACUGGAGGCGGCACAUGCCAAUCGACGUCAGCAGAAGUCACGACGCACAAGUUUCAGCUUCCGACGCACUCAAAGCCUGAGCACAAGCAUUGACAAGAGCGCGCAUCCAGCGACGCAACGAAGUUGUCACGUUUGCUACGUGAAUAACUUUAGCAAGGACAUUUUCAAUCUGCCGCCAGCUGUGCCCUUGGCUGCUGUGGCAAAUCCGACGCCAACGCCCAUUGCCAGCAAUUCGCGUUUUGCCAUUGCCAAUGAUACGUUUUGUCGCCGCAAGCAGAACAACAACAACAAGAAUCAGAACAACAAACUGCGCGAAGCGUGCGCCAAGAAAAGAUAUAAUUUUACCAUCACAACGCUGUCGAGAUCGGCGCAAAAGCCAGCGCCAAGUGUUGUGACGAAGCCGUUGCGUCAGCUGCCGCCUAAGUUGCAGCAACAGCAGCAACAAUCACAACCACAACAGCAGCAACAGCAAGUGCAACAACAUCAGCAGCAGCAGCAGCAACACAAACAACAAUCGCAGCAGCUGCAGCAACAGCAGCCACAACGUCAGGCAACGAGUAGCAACAACAGCAGCAGCAGCUCUCAGUUUACAAUUCCACGCAACGGCGUCUUUAUAGCGGUCAACGAUUGGAGCAGCAACAUGCCGCAGCACUGUGAUACAACAUCAUCAACAACAACAACAACAAGCACAGCAUCAAGAACAACAUGCAACAACAAUAACAAUGUCAACAGCAAUAAGCUCUAUGAGAACGAAUGCGUUGCCAUUGCACAGCAGCAACUGCGCUUGGAGCAACAACAACAACAGCAACAGCAGCAGGUGACAACGACGACACCGAUUUAUGCGCAGGUGAAUAAGCAGCACAAGUUGCACAAGAAGAAGCUGCUGUGCAACAACAACAGCAAUAAUAGCAACAACAGCAGCUUCGAGUUGAUCGAUGGCAGCUGCGAAGCGGCGGCAGCAACAACAACAACAACUGCAGCAGCCAGCAACGAGCUUAGCCACGAAGCGCACUUGGAAUCGUCAGAGUCAACAACAACAGCAACAACAACAUCGACAGCAGCAGCAACAUCGACAGCAGCAACAGCAACAACAAUUGCAGCUGUGAGUGCAGCGAGUGAAUUUUAUGCGGCCUCCGAGCAUUCCAUUUAUGCCAAGGUGUGGAAGGGACCGCGCAAAACGACUGAAUCCAAAAUCACGCAUGAAGCGGCAGCAGCGAGUGCUCGACUCAUUCCAGCAGCGCCACGCAACGACAAUAAGACGCAGCAAUCACAACAGCAACAGCAGCAGCAGCAAUCGAUGCUCCAGGGCAGCCGAAAGUUGCGGACUUGCGGCAAAUGUUCCUACGCCUACAAUCGCCUCUGGUCCGAGUCCUGUGAGAUGUGCGACCCAUCGUCCCAGUCUCAGUCGCAGCAAGAUCAACCAGCACCAGUUCCUGGCGCGCUGUCGCCUCGCAACGAUGAGCCGUGGACGUGCAAGAAGUGCACGCUGGUCAACUAUGCGACGGCAAUGGCGUGCAUCGUGUGCGGCGGCUCCAAGCUGAAGAGCAUCUCAUCCAUCGAGGACAUGACGCUGCGCAAGGGCGAAUUCUGGACGUGCAGCCACUGCACGCUGAAGAACUCGCUCGCCGUCGGACUGUGCAGUGCCUGCAAAUCGAUGCGUUUGCUCCCCGUGAUGAUGGACGCGGUGCGCGAACGUCCCGAUGGUCAGUCCUAUGAGGAGCAGGAUCAUGCAUCAUCAUUGGUCACUCAGUCCCUCAGCGAGCUAGCAAUAACAACAACACCUCAAGCACCGCCGCCGGUGUCGCAGCUCCAGUUGCCACUGCCGGCAACGCGUCUCUCGCGUAGUCCAUCGCCUCGGGCUGCGCUUCCGGUGGCCACAGCGCCCAUGGCCAGUGCAGCUCCGGCAGCUUGCAUCGCCACAGCGCAGCAGCAACAGGCUGGGAUUCAGGCACCGAUGCAACGGAGCUCCUCGGGUGCCAUACCGAAGCGUCACAGCACUGGGGGCUCGAUUGUGCCGCGUCAGCAACAUCCGCUUAACAUUGCCAGCAGCUCCAACUCUAGCUACAAUCUCCAACAACAACAACAGCAGCAGCAGCAACAAUCUACAGUCAAGAAGUGGCAAUGUCCCGCCUGCACGUAUGAGAACUGUGCCGCUUCGGUGGUCUGUGAGAUUUGCUCGAGCUCGCGUGGUUUGGUCAACGCGGUGCUCUCCGAUGCCUUGGCACGCAAAUCGCUGCGCGUCACGAAUCUUAGCGAGUUCCGGCAGGAGAGCAAACUGAUGGAGAACCUGCGACAGCUGGAGGAAACCGAAGCGCUCACCAAGUGGCAGAACAUCAUCCAAUAUUGUCGCGACAACAACGAACUCUUUGUCGACGACUCAUUUCCACCCGCACCAAAGAGUCUUUACUACAAUCCGGCGAGCAGUGCUCUCGAUGGCGGCAAUCCUGUUGUCCAAUGGCGACGUCCCCACGAGAUAAAUUGCGAUGGCGGCGCCUAUCCACCGUGGGCUGUGUUUCGCACCCCGUUGCCCUCGGACAUUUGCCAAGGUGUCUUAGGGAAUUGUUGGCUGCUCAGUGCGCUCGCUGUGCUCGCCGAGCGCGAGGAUCUCGUCAAGGAGGUGCUGGUGACGAAGGAGAUUUGCGCUCAGGGCGCCUAUCAGGUGCGUCUGUGCAAGGAUGGCAAGUGGACCACGGUCCUGGUCGAUGAUCUGUUGCCCUGCGACAAGCGCGGACAUUUGGUUUACUCGCAGGCCAAGCGCAAGCAGCUCUGGGUGCCGCUCAUCGAGAAGGCGGUGGCCAAGAUCCAUGGCUGCUACGAGGCCCUCGUCUCGGGUCGUGCCAUCGAGGGACUCGCCACACUGACGGGAGCGCCCUGCGAGAGCAUUCCUUUGCAGGCCAGUUCGUUGCCCAUGCCCAGCGAGGAUGAGCUGGACAAGGACUUGAUUUGGGCGCAGCUGUUGAGCUCGCGUUGUGUGCGCUUCUUGAUGGGCGCCAGCUGCGGCGGCGGCAACAUGAAGGUCGACGAGGAGGAGUAUCAGCACAAGGGACUGCGACCACGUCACGCCUACUCGGUGCUCGAUGUGAAGGACAUCCAGGGACAUCGACUGUUGAAGUUACGCAAUCCAUGGGGUCAUUAUUCAUGGCGCGGCGAUUGGUCGGAUGAUUCGACGUUGUGGACAGACGAUUUGCGUGAUGCUUUGAUGCCGCAUGGCGCCUCGGAGGGCGUCUUUUGGAUCUCGUUCGAGGAUGUGCUCAACUAUUUCGACUGCAUUGACAUUUGCAAGGUGCGCUCCGGUUGGAAUGAGGUGCGCUUGCAGGGCACUCUUCAGCCGCUCUGCUCGAUAUCGUGUGUGCUGCUGACGGUGCUGGAGCCAACGGAGGCGGAGUUUACGCUCUUCCAGGAGGGGCAACGCAACUCGGAGAAGUCGCAACGCUCCCAGCUGGAUCUCUGUGUUGUGAUAUUUCGCACACGCUCGCCGGCGGCGCCCGAAAUUGGGCGACUCGUGGAGCACAGCAAGCGACAGGUUCGUGGAUUUGUUGGCUGCCACAAGAUGCUGGAGCGUGACAUCUAUUUGCUCGUCUGCUUGGCCUUUAAUCACUGGCACACAGGCAUCGAGGAUCCGCAUCAGUAUCCGCAAUGCAUACUGGCCAUACACAGCUCGAAGCGUCUGCUCGUUGAGCAGAUAACGCCAUCGCCGCAUCUGCUCGCCGAUGCCAUCAUCAGCCUGACACUGACCAAGGGACAGCGGCACGAGGGACGCGAGGGCAUGACCGCCUACUAUCUGACCAAGGGCUGGGCUGGUCUGGUCGUAAUGGUAGAGAACCGGCAUGAGAACAAGUGGAUACAUGUGAAGUGCGAUUGCCAGGAGAGCUACAAUGUGGUGUCGACGCGCGGCGAGCUCAAAACGGUGGACUCGGUGCCGCCCCUGCAACGGCAAGUGAUCAUUGUGCUGACGCAGCUGGAGGGCAGCGGCGGAUUUAGCAUCGCACAUCGGUUGACGCAUCGGCUGGCGAACUCGAGGGGUCUGCAUGACUGGGGACCACCAGGUGCCACCCACUGUCCGCCCAUUGAGAAUGUGCACGGUCUGCAUGCGCCACGGUUGAUAACAUAAUCGAGGGGAUCAGGGAUGAGCAACAGGAUUAGGAUCAAGAUCUGGAUGGAAGAGCAUGAGAGAGAAUAUUGGGAGCAGUGAUAGUCGACGUUAGUUCAAACACACACACACACACACACACACGAUAUAUAGCAUAUAUAUUUGUAUCUAUGUGUAUUCCUUUUUGCCAUUUGCAUUUUGUUUUCUAUUUCGUUUAUUAUUUUUUUGUUUAAUUGCAUAUUCUAGUCGAUGUUUUGUCAACGUCAUACGUACAUUUAUAUAUCUGUAUAUGUAUACUAUGAAAUAGUUAACGAUCCACACACACAUAUUGAAAACCAACAUGAACAAGAAAAAUCCAAAUGAAAUGAAAUGAUAGAAAGUUAAAGAGCAAAAACAACCCGAAAGAAACCAUGAAACGGUAACGGUUGCCGCAUAAACCUAUCGAGUUUUCUUCAUUU